GUAGAGAAGAAACACAAUUAUUUCGCAAGACGAACAUGACUUUUGUAAAGAUGGCAAAAUGAUGUGUUGUUUGCGCUAAGACUUGACAAAUCAAUCCAAUCCAUUAGCAUCUAUUAAAGCGCUUAGAGCAACAUGCGCUUUAAUUUUGAAGGUAACUUUUCGUUCAGUUUUCGGAAAAACUGACUAACCGAAUUGGCUACUUUCUAACUGAGAUGUAACGUGAGACUGGGACAUAGGAUAAGUUUUAGCCAAGAAGUUAUAAAAAUGUCUGCGAAUAUAUCUUCAGAGCUGGAACAUCUCACCGCGGAUCCUGACUACUCCAUGUGGCACAAGAACACUGGGAUUGCAGUCACCACAAUAUACUCUCUUAUUAUUAUCGUUGGUUUGAUUGGCAAUAUCACUCUGAUCCGGACGUUUUGCACGGUAAAAUCCAUGAGAAAUAUCCCGAAUCUGCUCAUGUCGAGUCUUGCGUUGGGUGACUUGAUCCUUCUUGUGACCUGCGCUCCGGUGGAUGCUACCAGGUUCUUGGCUGAUGAGUGGCUUUUCGGCAGAGUCGGGUGUAAACUUAUCCCGUUCAUACAGCUCACUUCGGUGGGGGUGUCGGUCUUCACUCUCACAGCACUGUCUGCAGACAGAUACAAGGCUAUCGUCAAGCCGAUGGACAUACAGAUGUCUCACGCCAAGAUCUGCCUUCGCGCCGCCAUGAUCUGGCUGUUGUCCUUGACCCUUGCUAUACCAGAGGCCAUCUUCUCCGACCUGCACGCCUUCCCCAUCGCCAGGACCAAUGACACCUUUGUGACAUGCGCCCCCUAUCCACAGGCUGGGGACCUGCACCCCAAGAUCCACUCCAUGGCCUCCUUCCUCAUCUUCUAUGUCAUACCGCUCUUCAUCAUCUCUAUCUACUACUUCUUCAUCGCCAGGAGCCUGAUUAGGAGCGCGUCCAACAUGCCAGUGGAGGGCAACGUCCAUGUCAGGAGACAGAUCGAGUCCCGAAAGAGGCUGGCCAAGACAGUGCUGGUGUUCGUGGGCCUGUUUGCUGUCUGUUGGCUCCCCAGCCACGUCAUCUACCUGUACCGCUGCUACAACUACUCCGAGGCGGACACCUCCCUGGCCCACUACGUGGCCAGCGUGUGUGCCCGCAUCCUGGCCUUCACCAACUCCUGCGUCAACCCCUUCGCCCUCUACCUACUCAGCAAGAGCUUCCAGAAGCAGUUCAACAAGCAGCUGUGCUGUUGCUGCCCAUCCCGUCGCUUGCUGGCACCGCGAUCACAAAGCGCCGGCCGUAACAACACGCGCAUGACAUCGCUAAAGAGCACCAACCACUCGAUGGCCAGCUUCACCAUCGUCAAUGGCAACCACGGUUCGCACGAGGUGUAGUAGUUCUCACAGGUAUCUCAGUCAUCAGAACUGGGUUGUCAGAGAGUGUGUGAUGUGUUUGAAAGAGAUAAUUCGCUUAAAGGGACAUAUGAGUUUAACAGACAGAAAGCAUUAUGUGUCUGUUCCGAGUUAAGAUAAGUCUGGAUAAAGAUGAAUUAUUAAAAAAAUCGAAAACGAAUAUGCAUGAGGUUUGCCUGUAGCUCCUAGCUUUAGUUGGCAUGGUUACAGAUUGCCAUUAGUAAAUCCUUAGCUAGCUAAAACACAAAAACACCUCUAACCAAAAUACGUACAUACAGUAUUUCAAGUGGACCUUGAAAAUGCUUUGGAUGAACUUUAGAUUGUCAUUGAAAUGUUUACAGUUUAUAUAUAUUUAUUUACAAUAUACAGAUUACUAUACAUAAUACUUUAUUAAGAAUGACAAUCGAAACCAUGACCAGUGUAUAAUUAUACAACAGAAUCUUUUAGGCUUUAGCACGUCCCAGAACUCAACUCAUGUUAGGAGUCACAAGCAAGCAUCAUGCAAACUGUGAAAAGAAAGACAGGGUGUUUUGUAUUUACAUAUAAGUCUUUUCACUCUCAUGAUGCAGUUAACAGUGUUGUGCCUAUCCAGCAAUCUAGGGCCUUGUCAGAGUGUAUUAAAUAUGGUGUUCAAAUAGUCAACAUUUGUGUUUCUAUGUCUGUUGGUGUUUUAAUGUGGUUCUUAUGAAUCAAAAGAAGAAGUACGCUGUAUGAUUUAGUUAGACUUUUUGUGACCUUACUUCUAUUCUACCGACAGUACCUCGUAAUGUUGUGAUGGCAGUGAAGUUUAUGACACAAGAGUGUGUCAUAAGUGUUAAUGCUGCCACUGAAUGUUUGUAAUGAAUAAUGUGCUUUGGAACCAUCAACAAAAGAGGCUUAUGUAUUUACUGCGACUUGCAGUGUCCCAUGAGCACCACUAAAAAGGUAUGAAAUGUGUUUUUUUUUUACUAGUAAUGCUGAGACAAAAUCCUGUGUGGAAUGAGUCACUUGAGAAUACCUGUUGGUUUUUGUUUAUGUGGUACUUGAGUGGUCUUUAAGUUUAUUUAGCAUCUAAUUAGUAAGUAAGUAAAGUAAUCUACUGAACAUGCAAUAUAGGAGACAGAGAGAGAGGGAGAGGGAGAGAGAGAGAGAUGGAUGGAUGCUUCAGGCUUGUAUUCAAGUCCUUAAUGAAAAAGCCAAUUGAAAAACAAAGCUUAAAUGAACAGUGUAAUGAGCUCAAGAUGCGUGAUUGGCCUAAACGACACAUGUUGGUGUGUUAUAGAUUGGUUUAUAUCAUGAUCAACAACUCUGGCACUUCAUGGCUCAAUCAGGAACAAUCAAUUGCAUCCUAAUUGUUUUAUCUUUGUCAUAUAUUUAUUUAUAAAUAAUGUUUGAUUCUGACCAAUAUGUAUCUGUACAGUAUGUUUUCUCUGUGCUCUGUCUAAGCUUCUGUAGAAACACAAGUGGAAAGUAUAAAUAUAAUUUGCAACUGGAAGGUUAUUUUGCAGUAAACUAAGGGGAGGCUCUGCAAAUGCCACAUUCAUGCAGGUCUCCACAGCCAAGAGACAUAAACGGUGAAGCAGUAAUGAAAAAGAAAACACUUUCUGUACGGAUGUGAUGUCCACUUUCUUGCAAACACUACUCUUGUCAGGGGGAUUGAAUGCUUGUGUUUGAUUAGUUUGUAUGUGGCUUAUUUCCCUCUAUUUGUCAAAGCGAUGUUGAAAAUGUG